AUGAAUAAAUUUUUUAAAAGUGUACAUACUAUUGUUAAUAUAUUUAAACAGAAUACAUUGAAUUUUAUCUCAUUGUGGAUUGUUGUUUUUGGAUUUUUUACUUCUUUUAUUUCACAAAAUUUCAGAGUUGUCUGGGUUUGUUAUAUCUAUCAAAUGACAUUGAUUGUGUUUGGAAUCUUUUAUCAAUAUACUCCAAAGAUAUUAAAACCAAUUGAAGAUUUGAUCAAAAUGUUUAAUUGCUUCUUACUUACAUUAGGCUUAGCAUUUAAUUUUAUUUCAACUACAGAAAUGAUAAAGACUAUUCGUUCAACAUUCUUUGAUCAAUUUCUUGUUUCUCUUGACUCUUUUUUAUUCCCUCAUUUUUCUGAAGGUCAAAUUUCGUUAAUGGUUGAUUCAAGUAAAUAUCUUAAUCCAACUACAUUUCAUGGGAAAUUAUUAAAUGAUUAUUUUGAAUUGAUUUAUAUCACCUUCUAUAUUUGGGGAUAUCUUUCAUUUGGAGUUUGUUGUCUCGAAAUAAUUAUAGAAUGGUGGAAAGAAAAAAAUGGACAAAUUGACCUAACACACAAGAUAUCAAAAAAAAGUCGGUAUAUAGAAAUGGAAUAUCUCGUUAUUUGUUGGUCAUGUACAUUUUCAUUAAUUUUCCUUAUUAAUAUUAUUGUUCCUGGAAAAAGUCCACGAUUAUAUUUGAAGUCUCAUUAUACUCAUUCAAUUCAAGGUUUUGGAUUUUCUUCUUGGUGGAGAAAUCAUGUUGAUAGAGAUGAUUCAUCUGGAACAUUUCCUUCUGGACAUUGUGGUGAAACAUUAGCAGUUGCUUUUGGUAUUUACUAUUCUCAUAAAACGAUUGGGAAAAUUGUUUUUGUCAUGACAUUCCUUAUUUGUGUUUCAACAAUAUGGAAUAGAUAUCAUUACUUAUCUGAUUUGAUUAUGGGUAUUUUGUGUUCAUUAUUUGGUUAUAUAAUAGCAAAUCUUCAUCUUAAAAAAAGAAGUUUGUAA